AUGGAGAAGGCAAAAAAAUUAAUAUGUUUAGAUAAGAAUAACGUUAAGAAUUUGAUGAUAUUUUUAAAUAGUUCAAUAAUCUUUGCUUAAAUAAUUGAAAAUCUAAUUUAAAGCAGAGGACCAUUUAUAUUGACAUGUUUGAUUUUUUUAUUGGUAAUGAUAAUUUAUUAAGGACUAUCCUUUUACUUUAAGACAAUUAGAACAUAGUUGAUGAUAUAUUGUUAAUAUUUUAUGAUCACAUUAUUUUCUGUAGAAUUACAAAUUGAGACAUCGUUUUUAAUUUUCUAAUAAUUAGCAAUUUUUGACACAGUAUUUUUCAAUAGAAAUGAAAAGAAAAAAAUAGUAUAAAACUGUUUAUUUUUUGGGGGAAUAGUAAUAAACACAUAUGUUUUUAUUCGAGUUGGAUUUCAUAAUUUAUAAUUUACUGAUUUAAUAAAAGCAUUAUGUUAGUCAAUCAUACUGAAAAUAUUAUUGUAUAACUUGAGAUAAGAAAAUGAAGAAUAAUGUGAUUCAAUAAAAGAGAACUAUAAAUUAAAUAAUUAAGAAAUGGAGCCAUCAGUUCCUAGAAGUAUAGGUUUGGAAUAUGAGACAUAAGAUCCUUCUAAAUUAUUUAAGACAUUUGAUGUAUUACCUGAAGGAAUAAUAAUACUUGAAAAGAAUACAAAAGAUGAUUUUUCAAUAAAGUACUCAAAUUCAGCUGCCAAAUAUCUUAUAGAUUCUGAAGAUUAAGAUCAAAUGUUGUCUGAACUUUUGGAUUUGAAGAGUGUAUCUCCAAAGUAAAAAAGUGAAGAGCAUUUGUAUAAAUGUUCAUUCAGUAUGUAAUCUUAAUAAAGUGUAAGAAGAAAUAGUUUUAAAUUAAUACCAAAAUAAUAAUCAUAUAAUAAAUCAACCUUUAAGUUUUCAUAAUAAUUUAUAGUAGAAAAUCAAUCUAGUUCAUAAAGAUAAGAUCUAUUGUUACAAUAACAUUAAUAAUCAAAUCAUGAUUUUUGUUUAUAAUUUCCACCUGUCUAAAUAAUAUUCCCAAAUUAAUAAAUAAAAACUGAGAAUAUGAAUCAUCCUAAUUCUCCAUCUAUCCAUUAUGCAACUUCACAUAAGAAAUCUUUAGAUGAUAUAGAUUCAUUUCAUUUCCUUUUGAUUUAGAUUUGGUUAUAAUUACAUACAUUAGUUAAAGAGAAAGUAUUAAAUUAUUAAAAUUAACCACUCUAUUACAUUCAUGAAAGUGAUGCUUUUAUAACUAAUAUUAAAAAGUUUUAAAAGAAAUAAUGUUUGGAUUUAAAAGUCUUUAGUGCAAUUCAUUAUAAUAAACCAUUAUUAGUUAUAAUACUUAGAGAUGUAAAUCAUAAGGAUUAUAUAAAAGUAUUAAAAGAUUAUAAUUCAUAAAAAUCUAAAACUUUGUCUUUUGUAAGUCAUGAAUUUCGAACUCCUUUAACAUGCAUAAUAUAAAUGUUAGAGGAAGUAUUAGAAAACAAAACUAGCAUAAAUUUGAGUGAAUAAUAGCUAAUUUAAUCAGCAUUAGAUAAUUCUAAAUAUAUUCUUAAUCUCUCGAAUGAUUUAUUAGAUUUAGCUCAAAUUAGAGCAGGUAAAUUUAAGAUUAGAAAUACUUUAUUUGAUUUAAAAUCUUUAUUAAGAGAUUGUCUUAAUAUGUUUGAGAUUUAAGCAAUGAAAAAGAAUAUUUAAUUGAAUUACUAUUAUGAUAAAUCUUUGCCAACUGAAAUAUGGAGUGAUUUAAAUAGAAUCAGAUAAAUUACAGUAAAUUUAAUAGGGAAUGCAUUAAAAUUCACUUUAGAAGGUUCAAUUACUCUAAAAGCAUAUCUCGAUGGACCAAAUGAAAUUUGUAUUGAAGUUAAAGAUACUGGAGUAGGAAUGAGAGAAGAAGAUUAACCAAAAUUAUUUAAAGCAUUUGCUAAAAUUGAAAAUAAGGAAGCUAGUUAAAUGAAUGCAUAAGGAGUAGGAUUAGGUUUAUUGAUUAGUAAUUCUAUUGCUACUUAAUUAAAUUCUGAAUAAAGAGGUUUAGGUUUUAGAUCAGUUUAUUAAGAAGGUACUACAUUUUGCUUUUUAGUUACUAAUAAUAAAUCUAAUUACACAGAUGAAAUAGAAAAUUAUCAAGAUUCAAAAAAAGAAAUAGAUGUUGAUUUAGAAACUAAAUUAAAUGAUGUUCGAAGAUAAUCAUAAAAUGAAAAAAAAUUUAUUCUAUAAAAAAAUUUCUGUUCUUGUCCUUAAAUUUUAUUAGUUGAAGAUAAUCAUUUUAAUGUAGAUUCCUUUUUACUUAAAUUCAAUAGAACAUUUUAAUCUUUAAUUAAAUUAGAUUAUACAAUUUCUGGAUAAUUGGCUGAACAAAAAGUAUAAUAAAGAUUUUUAAAAUAAUAACAUAUUUGUCAUCCUUAUAAACUAAUUUUUAUGGAUGUAGAAUUACCAAUUUAAAAUGGAAUAGUUACAUCCAAAAAUAUCAAGAAUUUUUACAAAACUAUGAAUGUUCCAGUAACAAUUGUUGGUUGCAGUGGAUAUGCAGAAGAAAAAGAAAAAAAAGAAUGCUUAUAAUAUAUGGAUGAUUACAUUGUUAAACCAGCUAAUAAAUCUGAUUUAGAAAGAAUAAUCAAUACUUACUUUUUUAAAUGA